AUGAAUGACAGCAGGCACCAGGCUCUGUUCUUUGUCAGUCUGCCAGAGCUACAAAAACUCUGUGCUGCUACAGUAACACUAAGUUCUCAGAUACCAGAAGCUGAGGCAAGGAGUACACAGAUAAAGAUUUGCAGACAGUUAUUAUUCCUGCAUCAAGACAUCCUUUCUGCACCUGUUAUUGGAACACUAAAUCAAAUUUCAGUUGUAAUGGCGAUACCAUUUUACAAGUCAGGGGUAUGUCAAGCCCACAUAAAGACACAAGGAGCUACUCUGGAAGCACCACAACCAGUUAGUCCAGCCAUUCUCCAAACCUGUCUGUCCUACACACUUACAGCCAGACUUGCACCCAGGUGGAACAAGGCUGGUCAUCUCUUGGUGCAAGGAAAAGAUUUCUUGUCUCAUUCAGGAAGGCAAAACGCUGUUGUUCUAGACCUCAACGUAUCAGAGAGACAGCUUUGCAUCAGUGUGGAGGCUUGCUCAAUUCGGUUGCCACCCCCUGAGCUGGAAGAUUUUGAUAUUUCAGCAAACACCUUAAAGCUGUUUGACAGCAAUGAAAAUACAGUUAUUCACCAACAUUCCAUAUUAAGUAGCUGGUGCUAUGUUUUGCCAAGCAUGAAAAUGGGUCAAAUCAUAAACAUCAGCCACCUAAUUCCUCCAGAAUCUCCUUUCCGUUCAUAUAAGGAAUUUCAGAUGCACUGGAAGAAUCUGUAUGGAUAUAUUCUUCCGGAGGAUCUUGAAGAGACAAAAAUAUACUUCAGUGUUUACUUCAAGCCAAUAGGAGAAAUGUUCUUCACGUACCCUUUAAUUUGCAUUCGAAGUCAGCCAGCGCAGUAUUUCCAUAGAACAGAUUCAGAAAGGGUGUUGCACUCUUUUCUCUCUGACAUGAAGUGUAAUCUUUCACAUCUAUGCGGAUUUCCAGUAAAGAUGACAAGUAAAGCACUUUAUGCCACACAGGAACUCUCCAGGGCUCCGGAAAUUAAAUCUAAGCAUAUGAAAUUGGCCGAUGAGAGGGUUUGCGUGGUAUCUCUAAUGCAGGCUCCUCCGAGGAAACGGACUUUGCCUGGAAAUUCUUCACCGUGCAGUAUGGAAAGCAGCCACUGGAUGGAGCGUUUGAUCAAAGAGCCAGACACACACUCUUUUUCGAGCAGCAGGAAGGGUGCAGGAAAGGUUAGCCUUCAAGCAGCAAAGAAAUCAAUGAAUAAUAGGCAAAUACGAGGAAUACCAGAAUUACCGGUUGUGAAAUCUUUAGGAAUGCCUGUAAAUUCAUCCUUUGAACUCCCCUCCCCAAAAGUCAGCAAAAUUAUACCAAUUUUCAAAGGAAAGUUGAUGCAAAUGAACGGAAAUACACAAAUGGAUAGGAAGAAAAAAGAAAAUUAUGAAAGACAUUCAGCAGUAAAAAUUAUGGGUGUUUCAUCUUCUUUGCUAACUGUGUACAAAUCCAGCGUAACUCAGGUUUACAAGCCUGCUCAAAAUAUGUCUGUCAAAAAUCCUACUGAUAGCAGUGUACUUCAGGUAACGAAUGCAAAAACGUACGCAAAACGUGGCACACCUGUAUUUCGAUGGAAAACGCAGUCUAGUGGACAAAUGACUCAUUCUAAAUUUUUUGAUAACUCAGCCUCAGGUGGGAAUUCAAGUGGAGUCAAACAGAAAAAGGCAGAUUCUCCUUCCUUUCUUAAGAAUGUUGGGUCACCACUUCAGAAAUCAAACAUCGAUCCGAGUCUGAACACAUACACAUCUCCUACUACCAGUGCAAGAAGGGGAAAAAAGUUUGCACGUCAAAAUACGACGCAAGUUCUUGAGAAACAACAGCAGUCAAAGAUAGUACCUUUGCAGAUUUGUAAAUUAGACAAUGAAAUGACAAAGUUUGGUUUAUCACAGCCACAAACAAAGAGAUCAAAUGGAGGAGCGGGGUUAAAUAUUCAUGAAUCUGUCUUAAACAAUACGACGUGCAUCCCCAAAAGUGAAGAAAAUAAAGCAGCAUGCCAUUCUAAGGAGUAUAUUGCUAAGACAACCGGUUCUCACUCCAAGUCUAACUUUGAACAGAUGAUUACAGGGAGUGAGUAUCUGACAUGUGAAACCCAGACCUCAAAAGCAACUCCCUCAAUCACAGAGACCAACAUGGAAGCAUCUGUAAAGAAAGGUUGUGCCAGAAGAAGACAG